AUGACGGGAGGCGCCAUUGCUCCAUGGAGAACUGCAGCUCAGGGUCACUUGAGUUCUGAUGAGAAGGGAGACCUCAAAACAGACUACUCAAGAUGGAGGUUGCUAGAUGAUCGGGGACGCCAAACCUGGCAUUACCUGGAGUCUGAUGAAGAGAACGAGAAAUGGCCUCAAUCAGUCGCUGACAAGCAUUUUCUGGGACUCCCUAUGGGACUUCCAGAGCUGCCGAAAGCAAAAACUCCACUGCAAUGUGCUGAGAAUGGCUUGGAAUUCUUCUCCAAAUUGCAACUUCCUCCAGGCAAUUGGGCCUGUGAGUACGGAGGUCCGAUGUUCUUGCUGCCGGGCCUCAUCAUCACGUACUACGUGACCAACACUCCGAUCCCGCCGGAGUAUGCGACUGAGAUUAAAAGGUAUCUCUUUGCUCGUCAGCACCCGGAAGACGGCGGCUGGGGCUUGCACAUUGAGGCGCAUAGCUCUGUCUUUGGUACUUGCAUGAACUACGUGGCACUGCGCUUGAUUGGUGUCAGCGAAGACGAUCCUCGUAUGAUCAAAGCCCGUGGGCUCUUACAUAAGUUUGGCGGCGCCGUAUAUGGACCUCACUGGGCGAAAUUCUGGCUCAGUGUCCUCGGUGUCAUGGAAUGGGACUGCGUCAAUCCUGUCCCGCCUGAAAUUUGGCUGCUUCCGGACUGGGUUCCCUUUGCACCUUGGCGGUGGUGGAUCCAUAUACGUCAAGUGUUCUUGCCCAUGUCGUACCUAUGGUCCAAGAAAUUCACCCACCCUCUGGACCCGCUCACGAAACAGUUGCGCCAGGAGCUGUACACCCAGCCUUACGACACUAUCAACUUUGCAAGCCACCGGAACUCAAUCCAUGAAGCCGAUAAUUACUAUCCCAAGACUUGGCUUUUAAACCUGCUCAACCAACUUAUCGUCUCGGUGUGGAACCCCUACCUCCGAAUUUCUGCAUUGGUGAAACGCGCAGAGGAUUGGACCUGGGAGUUGAUUAGAAUGGAAGACGAGAAUACGGACUAUGCAGGCUUAGGCCCUGUGAGCAACCCGAUGAACAUGGUAGCUUGCUAUGUCCAUGAUGGGCCAGACAGCUAUUCAGUUCGUCGCCAUCGUGAGCGUCUGAACGAUUACAUGUGGAUGAAGAACGAAGGCAUGUUGAUGAAUGGAACCAAUGGAGUCCAAGUGUGGGAUACCGCUUUCAUCACGCAAGCUAUUGUCGUCGCCGGUUUCGCAGAUGACCCCAAGUGGCGACCAAUGCUCACCAAAGCCUUGGAGUUCCUUGAAGAUCAUCAGCUUCGGGAGAACGUCCCAGAUCAAGAAAAGUGUUACCGUCAACACCGGAAGGGCGCGUGGCCGUUCAGUAACAAGACACAAGGCUAUACAGUUAGUGAUUGCACAGCGGAGGGCUUGCGGUCGGCAAUCCAACUACAGGAGAUGCACAACUAUCCAAAGCUGAUCUCCGUGGAGCGACUGAAAGACAGUGUCGACUGCUUACUGCUGAUGCAAAAUCCUUCGGGUGGCUUCACUGAGUACGAAACCACCCGUGGCUCCGAGAAGCUGGAGUGGCUCAAUGCUGCGGAAGUGUUUGGCGGAAUCAUGAUCGGUUAUGACUAUCCCGAAUGUACCACCGCUUCUGUCACCGCGCUUUCGCUUUUCAGCAGAUUUUACCCUGACUACCGGGCCGACGAGAUCAAGGCCGCGAAAGACAAGGCUGUGAAAUAUAUCAAACGCGUGCAGAGACGGGAUGGAAGCUGGUACGGAUCUUGGGGAAUCUGCUUCACCUAUGCCGCCAUGUUUGCCUUAGAGAGCCUGGCCAGUAUCGGGGAAACCUACGAGACCAGCGAGUAUGCGCGCCGUGGCUGCGAGUUCCUCCUCUCCAAGCAAAAGGAGGACGGAGGAUGGGGUGAGUCUUAUCUCAGCAGUGAGAAACAUGUGUACGUUCAACAUGAAAAGUCUCAAGUAACGCAAACUGCUUGGGCUUGUCUUGCGCUAAUGGAGGCGGGAUAUCCGCACAAGGAGCCACUCCAGAAAGCCAUGAAGCUGCUUAUGUCACGGCAGCAACCAAACGGGGAGUGGUUGCAAGAAUCCAUUGAGGGCGUUUUCAACCAAUCUUGCAUGAUUUCGUAUCCCAACUACAAGUUCUACUGGCCUAUUCGAGCUCUGGGUCUUUACAGCCGCAAGUUCGGCAACGAAGAACUGAUCAGAAUGAACGCGGCGGCAGAGGGCGACAAGGCCCUAGCCAACUCUGACUGUAACACUGCCAUCCGGUACUUCACCCAAGCCCUGACGGAGCUUCCCCGCGCCCCAGUCUACUAUAUCAAGAGGUCGACUGCCUUUUCACGCCUCAAGCCCGCAGACGGAGGUCCCAACUUCCACGCUGCGCUUCAAGAUGCUGAAAUUGCGCUUACCCUUGCUCGAGAACGAGCGAAACGCGAGCUUAUAUUGUCUGCACAAAUGAGACGCGGCAUCGUCCUGUAUCAGCUUGAGCGAUACGGCGACGCAGCUUUCGUGUUCAGCACCAUUCAGGACAAGAUUGGCACCACUACAGAAGGUCAAGAUAGGUCAGAGAAAGUGAAGGAUGCAAUGGCUGGUGGAGGUGCUGCUCGUUCCUCCACCAAGAAAGGCUAUGAGCAGGAGCUUCCCAUCUGGACGUUGAAAGUUAAGGGAAAGCUGAGCAAGCUGGCCGAGGGCGAUGAGAAAGCAAGGGUCACCAUCGAAGAGUUUCCCAAGGGUGUGUCCAUUCCAUCUGAAAAGGACCUCAAGAAGCAACUCGAUGCUUUCAAGGCUGGUAAAGUCGAGGAGGGAAGUACUCAGGUACAGACUACGUCGGUGGACGUCAAGGCUACAGAUUCUACAAAAUCAAGCUCUCCCACAACCGAGAGCCCGGCCACAAUAAGCAAGGCUCCAGCCGCCAUGCCCACCGCUUCACCAUCCAUUGGUCCCUCAGCGGAGAAGGUUCGGCAUGAGUGGUAUCAGUCUCAUGACUCGGUUGUCGUGACACUUUAUAUUAAGGGAGUGCCCGAGGACAGCGUUGACACCGAACUUAAGGAUGAAUCUGCUGCCAUUCAAUUCCCGCUCCCGUCCGGCGCGGACUACGCUUUUACUCUGGAUCCUCUGUUCGCACCGAUUGAUCCAUCUGCAUCAAAGGUUUCUGUGAUGUCAACAAAGAUCGAACUUCUCCUACGCAAAAAGACAGCGGGCCAGAAAUGGGGCGCAUUGGAAGCGUCAUCGUCAAGCGCCAAACUUUCUGAUCGACAGGCCGUUGUAGGAGUAGCCCCCGCAGCGGAAAGCGGACCUUCCUACCCAACCUCAUCUCGCCACGGCGCUAAAGAUUGGGAUAAAGUCGCAUCAACCCUGACAGCGAAGAAGUCGAAAGGCAAGGAUAAGGAUCGGAACGCUGAAAAAGAUGCAAAAGUUGGUGAGGACAGUGGCGAUGAAUCCGACGGCGCCGAUUCCAUCGACUCUGACUACGGCACUGGCGAUCCAGUGGACGCUUUCUUUAAGAAACUGUACGCCAACGCGGACCCGGACACCCGUCGGGCCAUGGUGAAGAGUUACGUGGAGAGCCAAGGCACGUCUCUGAGCACCAACUGGAAAGAAGUGGGCCAAGGCAAAGUGGAAGCACGGCCACCAAGUGACUAA